UGUUACUCUUCCCAACAUUUUACUCUAAAUUCUUCUUCUUUGUUAUUAUUAUAGUUAUCUCUCUCUUCCUGAUACCGUCGAUCUACUUCUAGAAAUGAAGAUUUUCCUAACUACUCGUCAGGCUCAAACCCAUGCCGACCAAUUUUUGGAUUUGAUAUCUAAUCCUUUUCAAAGUCAAAUUCAGGUCAAUUCCAUUUACGCUUCAAUAAUUUGGGCCUUUGCAGUUUCUGGGGCUUUGUUUUUCCUCUUUGUUCUUCUUCGGCCACGGAACAGCAGAGUAUAUGCACCACGAGCAAAGCAUGCAGACACUCGACAUGCCCCCGUGCAGCUCGGGAAGACUCCUUUUGCCUGGAUUCGAGCCGUACACAGGAUUGAUGAACAUGAGUUGGUUGAGCGAUUGGGUCUUGACGCUGUUGUGUUUCUUCGUUUUCUUCGCAUGCUGCGAGACAUUUUUCUCAUCUUCACGGUCAUCGGAUGCGGUACGCUGGUCCCACUGACUUUGGUAGGAGGGCAUUCACUUUACAAGCAAUGGUCUAGUGUGGCAACCCUGAUGAAAUUUACACCUCAAUACAUCUUCGGGCAGAAGUUUUGGGGAUACGUUGCAAUAGCCUACAUUUUCCAGCUCGUUUUGUUUUUCUUCAUUUGGAAGAAUUAUCAAGCCGUUCUCGUCUUAAGAAGACGUUAUUUUGAAUCACGCGAUUACCGGUUAAGUCUCCACGCUCGGACGUUGCUGAUCAGACAUAUUCCUAGUGCUUAUCAGAGUGAUGAAGGCUUGCAUCGGAUAAUCCAUGACAUCAAGUCGUCCUAUGACGUACCAAAGGUUGUGGUAGCCCGAAACACGGGAAUGCUUCCUGAUCUCAUAGAAAAGCACGACCAGGCUGUUAGACAACUGGAAAAAUAUCUCGCAAAAUAUUUUUCGGACCCAAGUCGAUGCCCAUCAACACGUCCGCAGUGCAAAGUUGCAGAAGAGGAUCAAGGAAUGUAUGGCCAACUCAGGGCCGACGCCAUUGAGUAUCUGCAGUAUCGUAUUAGACGCCUACGCCUGGAGAUCGACGAAAUGAGGCAAAGAAUUGACUCAAAUGAUACCUUAUCUUUUGGAUUCGCGAGUUAUACGCAUAUUGAAGAUGCUCAUGCGGUUGCGUACGCCACCCGAAAGAAAGCUCCCCAUCAAUCGAUCAUUUCUUUAGCACCGAAACCACACGAUCUCAUUUGGCAAAACCUAGAUAUGUCGCGAGCAACUCGGCGAACCCGCCAAUUUUGGGACAGUCUUUGGAUGAUCUUGCUCACGAUCGCAUAUGUUCCAGUCAACGUUCUUUCUGCCGUCUUCUUGUCCGAUUUUUCGCAUCUCGGACUUCUCUGGCCCGCAUUCAUGCGUAACCUUGAGGCACACCCAGUCAGUUGGGGAAUCGCGCAGGGUAUUGUUGCUCCUACUUUCCAAUACUUGAUCUUCCUUGGAUUGCCUUCAUUGUUCAGACGUCUGUAUAAUCACGCCGGGGACACGUCAAAAACAUCGCGAGAGCGUCAUGUUAUGUCUCGACUUUACGCAUUUUUCGUGUUCAACAAUCUAAUAGUGUUUUCGGUCUUUGGAUCUGCCUUCCGUUUCCUUGCGUCGGUAAUCGAAGCCCAGGAUCAAAGUGUCUGGGACGCUAUCAAACACGCACAUGUCUUUACAAAUCUGAUGGCUGGACUCUGCAACGUAUCGACAUUUUGGCUCACGUAUCAAAUGCAACAAAAUCUUGGAGCAGCAGUUGAUAUAGCACAACUGAUGCCUUUAUUACUUGGCUGGUUCAAACGCAAGUUCACACAUCCGACUCCUCGUGAACUCAUCGAGUCAACUGCGCCACCACCACUUGACUACGCUAGCUACUAUAAUAGUUACCUCUACGUAGCUACAGUCGGCAUGGCCAUAGGCAUUCUACAGCCAAUUAUAUUCCCAAUCACGGCUUUCUAUCUCUUUAUCGAGCUAUUUUUCAAACGCUACAUGCUACAGUACAUUGUCAUAACAAAGAUCGAAUCUGGAGGCUCCUUUUGGCGCACAGUUAUAAAUCGCCUGCUGGCCGCGAAUGUCUUUUGCAAUGCAGUUGUAGCCCUGAUUGUUGGAGCUCAAGGUGUUGGCUCACACGACUUAAUUCAAGAUGAGGCAGCGAACGCCUCUAUGCUUUACGCAUUAAUACCCCUUCCCUUCCUAAUUUGGGCGUUUAAAUGGGUCUGUUCACGAACUUUUGAUGAUAAACUACGGUACUUCUCGACGGUGGCGAAGUCAGACAUGGAAGAUGUGGAUCAUAUGCUUCGAAAAUACAGGAAAAACGAUAGGGUUGCCGUGCGAUUUGGCCAUCCAGCGCUGUACAAAAAGCUUUUAACGCCAAUGGUGGAUGCCAAGGCUGAAAACAUGCUGAAUCAGGUAUUGUCACCAGAUUUUCAAGAUAAGUCUAUCGCUGGAGGCGCAACGGCUUAUUCCAGGCUUGGAUACAGCGAUGUUUUUAUAGGAAAUGCAGAAGACGGGCAGAAGCCUGAGACUGGUGGGAACGCUGAGAUGGAACAGCCUUUUGAGCUUGUGCAGGAAGAGGAUAUGGACUUUGAGAAAUUCAAGCGCAGAGCUGAGUUCAGGGACGAAUUUGGAGGCGAUGGUGAGCUCUACGGGAACCCUGAGGAUUUAAUCAGCCGCAGCGGUACUCCAUCUACCUUGCGUACGCUGACGCCAGAUUUGCCGAAGGAAUUCAGAAGGAAGCCAGUGGAGCCAAGCCAGCUUCAGGGAGUCAGCUUGCCGAAGGACGAAAUGCAGGAUGUUGCAAUAAGUGAAGGUCACGAAGAUAGUGUUUUCCAGCCAACUUCGGCGCUGCAUGAAGACAAUGGGAGAGCGAGCUCUAUUGAUAUAGAUUUCCCAAGACCUGAGCUUGAUAGCCAGGAAAUCUUCACAACUGCUCUUGCUCACGGGCAGACUAAAUAGAAAACGCGCGAUUACAGACAAUUUAUGUACUGUCAACUAGAUAUUAGAAGUAAUGCAACGUACAAUGAGGGAUAUUGGG